AUGAACGCUGCCAAGGCCUCCAAGAAGCGCAAGGCCGUCACGAGAGAUGUGGAGGAGGAAGCUGGUGUGUUCUCGGGUGAUGAGCUGAACCACGACAACCUUGACGGUGCCCUCUCGGACAAUGCCAACGACUUGUCGGAUAGCGAGCAGGAUGACAGCGAGUCUGAAAUCGAGCUGAUCUACGAUUUCAGCGACGACGAGGAUGAUGAAGAUGCAUUGGACAGCGACGAGAUUCCCUCGGACGAUGAGCAGGCCGACACGAAGCCGACCACGGUCUCGCAGGUCGACCGGGACCGGCCAAAUGUUCGCGUUGUCAAGGAUGCGAAUGGUAACGACCGCUUCCUCUACGACGAAAUCAACCCGGAUGACAACUCGGACUACUCUGAGGCCGAGGAGAAUGCCAACACCAUCGGCGACAUCCCGUUGUCUUUCUACGACAUGUAUCCUCACAUUGGUUAUGAUAUCAACGGCAAGAAGAUUCUGCGGCCUGCCAAGGGCGAGGCUCUGGACGCAUUGCUGGACAGCAUUGAAAUCCCCAAGGGCUGGACUGGUCUUACUGAUCCCGCGACUGGCAAGCCGUUGCAGCUGAGCCAAGACGAAUUGGAGCUGUUGAAGAAGGUCCAAUUGAACGAGAUCCCCGAGGAAGGCUACGAUCCGUAUGAGCCCACCGUGGAAUGGUUCACCAGCCAACAAGAGAUCAUGCCCCUCAGCGCAGCUCCGGAGCCGAAGCGGCGAUUUGUGCCGUCUAAGCAUGAGGCUAAGCGCGUGAUGAAGAUCGUCAAGGCCAUUCGGGAGGGCCGUAUCCUGCCUUACAGGCCGCCAGAGGAAAGGGAAGAGACGGAUGAAGACGUGAUCAACUACGAUCUGUGGGCUGAUGAAGCCGAACGCCCGGAUCACAUCAUGCACGUUCCGGCUCCUAAACUGCCUCCGCCUGGCUACGAGGAGAGCUACCACCCGCCUGCCGAGUAUCUGCCCGACAAGAAGGAGCGCAAAGAGUGGGAGCAAACUGACCCCGAGGACCGUGAGAAGGACUUCUUGGCCCAAGACUUUGGUUCGCUGCGGAGGGUUCCUGGAUACGAGAAGUUUAUCAAGGAGAAGUUUGAGCGCUGCCUGGAUCUUUACCUUGCGCCGAGAGUUCGCCGCAGCAAGCUGAACAUCGACCCCGAGAGUCUUCUGCCCAAACUUCCCAGCCCCGAGGAGCUGAAGCCCUUCCCAACGACCUGUGCGACGGUAUUCCGGGGCCACAAGGGCCGUGUGCGUUCUCUCGCUGUGGAUCCGUCGGGCAUCUGGCUUGCCACCGGUGGUGACGACGGCACCGUGCGCGUGUGGGAGCUUCUCACCGGCCGCCAGCUCUGGAGUGCUACCCUGAGCGACGAGGAUGCGGUCAAUGUGGUCCGUUGGCGCCCUGGUAAAGACGCGGUCAUUCUCGCCGCAGCCGUGGGCGACGAUAUCUACCUCGCUGUGCCCCCAAUUGCCGAACCAGAGAUCGAAAAGGCCAGUCUGGAGAUCCUCGACGCAGGCUGGGGCUAUGCCGCCUCGAACCCUGCCCCCAGCGCCGCAGAAGCAAACAAGAAGAACACGCCACCGCAAUGGAUACGCCCAUCGUCCGCACUCACGGACGCCGGAAUCUGCGUGGUGAUCCCUCUCCGAUACGUCGUUAAGUCUCUCUCUUGGCACCGACGCGGCGACUACUUCGUCACCAUCUGCCCGGGCUCGUCAACCCCCGCUUCUGUCGCCAUCUCCAUCCACACCCUCUCCAAGCACGUCACGCAAUUCCCCUUCCGCCGACGCCUGAAGGGCGGUGGCGCCCCGCAAACCGCGCACUUCCACCCGUCCAAGCCGAUCCUCUUCGUCGCCAAUCAGCGCUCCAUCCGCGCGUACGAUCUCUCCCGCCAGCUGCUGGUCAAGAUCCUGCAGCCCGGUGCGCGCUGGAUCUCUUCGUUCGAUAUCCACCCGACCUCUGCCGGGGCCUCGGGCGGCGACAACAUCAUUGUCGGCUCCUACGACCGUCGUCUCCUCUGGCAUGAUCUUGAUCUCUCGCCGCGCCCCUACAAGACCCUGCGGUAUCACCGCAAGGCUAUCCGCGCGGUCAAGUUCCAUCCCGGUGGCCGGUACCCCUUGUUCGCUGAUGCGAGUGACGAUGGCUCGCUGCAGAUCUUCCAUGGUAGUGUCACGGGCGAUAUGCUCAGCAAUGCUAGUAUCGUCCCGCUCAAGGUUCUCAAGGGCCACAAGAUCACUGGCGAAUUGGGUGUCCUGGAUAUCGACUGGCACCCGCGCGAGGCCUGGUGUGUCAGUGCCGGAGCGGACGGUACUUGUCGGUUGUGGAUGUAG